AUGCCUAAUCCAACAUGGACCAGCGACACUGCGAAUGGAGCCGAUGGAACAACUCUUGCUGGUGGCAAACUUCCCAUAAGCUGCGUUGUCUUGGAUGGAUUCGUACUGAAACAUUUAACGCAGCAUCGAGUGACUUGUCGAAUACCUGUGAAGACGCGAUCAAAUAAAGGCAAAAGUGGAUUGAGAAGUGAUGCGGGUUCUGUUCGCGGCAAUGGAUCUGUUUCGGACCUAACUGAGCAGCAGUGUGAGGAGGAACAGCUAGCGCGUGAAAGAGCAUUUGCGAAGCAAAUGGAAAUCCGUGAGUCUAGAUUACGUCGAGAGAUAGAAUGGAACGGAAAGCAGUUGGAAAUGGAACGGAAUAUGCGCAAGAGGGAACUUGAAGCGCAACGCUUGAUGCAGGCAGAAAAGCUUAAACAAGAACAAGAGCUAUUAGAAACACAGUUAGCAGAUGAACAAGCAUUCUUUAAGCAGCGGAACGAGAUUCGGUGUAAAAUGAAUAACAGUCUUCAGAAAGUUCAAUCAGUCGUGGAAGAAGGAGCUGCGGUAGCUGAAGCGUCGGAGCAGAAAGUGAAGGAUUGGUUAAAAGAUCAGAACGCUGAGGAAUCCCGGGGAAGAGAUGUACGUGGAGCUUACAGUAAGGGUGGGAAGCUGAUGGUCAACGUUAAAUGUAAUGACUUGAAACUCCAAAGCCACCGUUUUGAAGAAUCAAAAACACCAGUUAAAGAAUGCGUAGUAGAUCAAGACGAGUCUGAUAGUGAUGAAGAAGAAUGUGAGGGCGAAAAUUUGUUGGUUCAGAGCGAGGUUGGUAGAGAUCGCAGUUUAACGGGGGGUCAAGUCUUAAAAUUAACUCGUGAGCAGAUUGCUACGAGGAAAGUGAUAUCCGGCAACCUACCAAAAUUUAACGGGGAUCCGGAAACAUGGCCGCUUUUUAUAAACUGCUUCGAGAAUACAACCGAGGCUUGCGGUUAUUCAAAUAUUGAAAACCUUGAACUUUUGAUGAACAGUUUGGGAGGAGAAGCACUGAAUGCUGUGAGAAGCAUGUUGAUACUUCCGGGUUCAGUGCCGGAAGUUAUUCGAGAUUUGCGCAGGUUAUUUGGCCAGCCAGAGAAAUUGUUGGGAAUGUUGCUGAAGAAGGUAAAGAACGCCUCAACGCCGACGACAGAUAAUCUGCAAUCAUUUGUGAGGUUCGGCAUAACUGUUAAGCAACUCUGUGAUCAUUUAGAGGCAACCCGCCUUCGUGAUCAUCUUCGCAACCCGCUUUUGGUGCAGCAACUUGUUGAAAAACUGCCACCAGACUAUCAGAUGAAGUGGGUAGAGUUCAAACGUGGUAAGAAGGGAACACCACUACGAUUGUUCACUGAUUACAUAACAGGGAUCGGUGACGUCGCCUCCGAAGCAGCGGCCUACUCGUCACUGGACAACGAUUACGCGCGAUACUCGAAGAAUAAAUCUGCAAAGAAGAACGAGUUUAUACACCUACAUGAUUUGGCGACGGACAGUGAUGAGGGAAUGCAGCAGGAAAAGGCAAACAAACCAUGCUGGAUCUGUCAGCGAACUGAUCACCGGAUUAGAUACUGCGACGACUUCAGGAAGAUGAACAUCGUAGAACGGUUGAGAGCUGUAGAGAGACUAAGGUUAUGUAGCCUCUGUCUAAAUAAACAUGGCGACAAACCUUGCGUUUCCAAGAUACGGUGUACGGUAAAGAACUGCAGAGCGAAUCAUCACACACUUUUACAUCGCGUGGAAGAAUCCGUGCAGCUACAGAAAGUAGAAUGCAACGCACACAGAGGGGCAGAUCGGUCGGUUAUAUUUCGCAUGGCACCGGUGACGUUGCACUUUGGUAGCAAACGAUACGAUACUCUGGCAUUUUUAGAUGAAGGUUCGUCUACCACGUUGGUCGAUGAAGAUGUUGCAUGUCGAUUAAAGGCGGAAGGGGAACCUGAGCCGCUCAUUGUUACGUGGACGGGAAACAUUAAUCGUUUCGAAAAUAAUUCCCGUAAAGUCGAGUUAAUGCUGUCGGUAAAAGGAUCAAAGGAAAAGAUUCCACUAGAGAAUGUUCGCACUGUAUCAGAGCUUUUGCUUCCAAAACAAGACACACAUUUUUCAGAUGUUGUGAAGCGGUAUCCACACUUAGCUGGACUCCCUGUGAAUGAUUUUCCAACAGGGCAAGCUGCGAUAUUGAUCGGUUUAGAUAAUCUACAUCUCUUUGCACCACUGGAGUCACGGGUUGGCAAACAAAACGAGCCCAUUGCUGUGCGGUCUAGAAUAGGUUGGACGGUAUAUGGUCCAGAGAAGCGGAAGCCGAGCGUCAGUACUUUCCUAAAUUUGCAUACAGUCACAGCAGUGAGUAAUCAAGAGUUGCACGAUUUAAUGCGCAACCAAUAUAUGUUAGAGGAGUCUAAUUUUUCGUCGUUCCCUAUUCCUGAACCGAAGGAAGAACAGCGUGCGAAAACGAUUCUGCAAGCUACGACUAAGCGGAUAGGAGAGCAUUUUGAAACGGGGCUGCUAUGGCGAGAGAAUGAGCGGCGCUUUCCCGACAGCUACCCGAUGGCCCUGCGGAGAAUGAAGGCUCUUGAACGAAAGCUGGAGAGAGAUCCAUCGUUGAAGCGAAAUGUUUACCAGCAGAUCAAUGAUUAUCAAAUGAAGGGCUACGCCCACAAAAUUACCGACGCAGAACAAGCGCAGACACCGGGCUCGUCGGUCUGGUAUCUUCCAGUGAACGUGGUUUUGAAUCCACGUAAACCACAAAAGGUGCGUCUGGUAUGGGACGCUGCGGCGUCGGUCAAAGAAGUGUCUUUGAACACGGAACUGUUGAAGGGGCCGGAUAUGCUGGUACCACUCCCGAAGGUUAUUUGCCAGUUCAGAGAACGCCCCAUUGCAUUUGGCGGAGACAUCCAGGAAAUGUAUCAUCAAAUCCGAAUUCGUGUGGAAGAUAAGCAAGCGCAACGGUUCUUAUUUAGAUUUGACCCAAGAGAAGUACCUCAGGUGUACGUGAUGGAUGUGGCCACCUUUGGCUCCACGUGUUCGCCCUGUUCCGCGCAAUUUGUCAAAAACCUCAAUGCGGAACAAUUUGCGGAGAAGUACCCGGAUGCAGUGACAGCAAUUCGUGAGAAACACUACGUGGACGAUUAUUACGACAGCGUAGACUCGGUAGAGGAAGCGAUCCAGCGGGCCAAGGAAGUGAAGUAUGUGCAUUCAAAAGGUGGUUUUCACAUCAGAAAUUGGGUGUCAAAUUCGAAGGAAUUGUUAUCGGAGCUAGGUGAACGUAAUUCGGAUGCUGCAGUCCAUUUUAAUCGGGAUAAAGGUACAGAGUAUGAGCGUGUGUUAGGCAUUGUUUGGGAGUCUGUAGAAGAUAGCUUCUGUUUCGCCACCGCGUCGAAUACAAUGUACAAGGAGUUUCUUGAUAGCGAAAAAUGUCCAACGAAACGAAUUGUACUAAGCUUCGUAAUGGCCCAAUUUGAUCCAGCGGGGUUCCUUACCCCCGUCACCGUACGGGGAAAGAUGCUAAUACAAGAUCUCUGGCGCACUGGCUGUGAUUGGGAUACGAAGAUCGAUGCGGAGUCGCUCGAGAAAUGGAGAUGUCUGAUAAAUAUAAUGCAGAAUAUCGGGUCCUUCAAACUACCAAGAAGUUAUUUCGGCGGGGCCAAAUCGAGCGAGAUAGAGGGUCUUGAGUUACAUAUACUAGCUGACGCAAGCGAAAAGGCCUAUGGGUGUGUGGCUUACUUUCGAGCGAUUGUUAAGGGCGAAGUGAGGUGCGCAUUGGUGAUGAGUCGUUCUAAGGUGGCUCCACUAAAGCAGGUAUCAAUACCGCGCCUAGAGCUACUAGCAGCAGUUCUUGGCGCACGACUAUCACGAACGAUUCAUGAAAACCACAGUUUUGCGAUUCACAGAGUCAUCUUCUGGGUUGACGCUAGUGUCGUCCUUUCGUGGAUUCGGUCAGAUCAGAGGAGGUACAAGCAGUUCGUCGGUUUCAGAAUUGGCGAGAUUCUCAGUAUAACUAAAGUGAGCGAUUGGCGUUGGAUACCGACUAGACUAAAUGUGGCUGAUCAGCUAACGAAAUGGGGUAAAGAUCCGGAGAUGCAUUCCGACAGUGUGUGGGUACGAGGACCCACAUUUUUAUACGAAAUCGAGCAGAACUGGCCAAAAAAGGAACUAUCGCCAGCAAACACAACAGAAGAACUUCUGGAACGUGCUCGUUCGGACAAUCGCGUCCGUAUUUCGCUUCAUCUCGAAUUGCAAACGAAAGACCAAAGGGUUACCGAUUGA